GAUGCGUUUGUUUCCGAAAGUGAACGUUUCACGAGUCAACAGCAACGUCUUUCAAGAAGUUAUAGGCACUGUUUGCGACAUUUUUCUUUCUUUAUCCGUCAUCAAAUAUUUUAUGUGAUGAAAUAACACGUUGUGUAGCAUAUAUUUCAAUAUUAGUGUUAAUAGUCGUAAUAAAGUAUCCGCUAGAUUACGAUAAGCUAAUAUGGGCGACGAAAGCCACCCGAAAACUCUCUACGUCGGAAAUUUAGACGCGAGUGUGACAGAGGAAUUCUUAUGCGCGUUGUUUGGACAAAUAGGCGAGGUAAAAGGAUGCAAAAUAAUUCGGGAGCCCGGUAACGAUCCUUAUGCGUUCCUUGAGUUUACGAAUCAUACGUCGGCGGCUACGGCUCUGGCCGCCAUGAACAAGCGAGUGUUUCUUGACAAGGAAAUGAAGGUUAACUGGGCUACAAGUCCGGGUAAUCAACCCAAGACCGAUACGAGCAACCAUCACCACAUAUUCGUAGGUGACCUGUCGCCAGAGAUAGAGACACAUAUUCUUCGAGACGCUUUUGCACCAUUUGGUGAAAUUUCGAAUUGUCGAAUAGUGCGCGACCCACAAACACUUAAAUCUAAAGGUUAUGCGUUCGUAUCAUUUGUGAAAAAAGCAGACGCGGAAUCUGCGAUACAGGCUAUGAAUGGUCAGUGGUUGGGAUCGCGUUCUAUACGUACUAAUUGGUCGACGCGUAAGCCUCCAGCUAAGGGUACGAAUGAAGGAGCUCCCACUAGCAAGAGAGCAAAACAACCUACUUUUGACGAAGUUUACAACCAAAGCUCACCAACAAACACCACAGUGUAUUGUGGAGGCUUUACUAGUAACAUAAUUACUGAAGAUUUAAUGCAAAACACAUUUUUACAAUUUGGUCCAAUACAAGAUAUAAGAGUGUUCAGGGAUAAAGGUUAUGCGUUUAUUAGAUUUACCACUAAAGAAGCAGCGGCUCACGCUAUAGAAGCAAUACAUAACACAGAAAUUAGUGGACAUACCGUAAAAUGCUUCUGGGGGAAAGAAAAUGGUGGCAAUGAAAGUCAGAGUACCAGCAAUCCACCAACCGCACCACCAGCAAUGGGAGCACAAUCACAAUACCCAUAUCCAUAUCAACAAGGCAUGGGAUACUGGUAUGCUCAGGGCUACCCUGCAAUACAAGGCUAUAUGGCGCCUGGAUAUUAUCAGCAAUAUGCUGCAUACAACAACCCGCAAGCAGCAGCAGCUGCUGGAUAUCGCAUGAGCAUGCCGGGCGGCGCAGGCGCAACCGGCGGAUCGUGGGGCGGGUCGGCCCAGCCCGUCAUGUACGCGUCGGCCAUGCCCUCGGCGCAGUACCCCUCCCAGUAGCCGUCACACGCACACGCAUACCUUACACUGGACAAUACCGAGCGCACACACACCCGCCUACGCGCGCACGGCUCGAGUUGACGACAUCCCAUAGACACGUCCUGGCCCAUUGAGGUCACGGGAAGACUGGUCUAAUUCGACUUCAACACGGCACGUCUGAUUAGAUUAUGGCUAACAUUUUCGAGAAGCGUCUCACGGUUUUCGACAAUGGUAGUCAUCUCAGUAGGGUUCCUGUUUAGACUUCACAGUCGUCGCAGGCCCACUUAUAUUUAGAUUGAAUUAGGGUUUAUUUGAUCGUAAUAAACGUCAUCGAGGGAUGGGGAUGUCAACCUGCGCCAGGCGGACCUUUUUAUAUACAUACAAUUAAAAACAAAUACAUUUAAGUUAGGUUUACAAUAUGUUUUUUACUUCUGACAUCAGAUCCAUCGCGUGAACGUGAUGUUCAAAUGUCUUAUGAAAUUGGUUUAUACUAAAAAAAAUUGUUUGUAAUACUGCGUCACACAACAACACUAAAACCCCUUUUCUUGAUUCUCCUUUCGGCAAAACAUUUUUAAUGUCUGUAAGCAAUAAAUGUUUUGUCCAUUUAUUUGCCUUCAGUGCGAUAAAUUUUCUCACUGUACAGAAUGAGUCUUUAAUACUUUUGAUUCGUUACCGAAUUCUCUCUUUCUGCAGUUUAUGCGCGGCAUAUUCCAAACUAUAUAUCUUUUUUUAUUAUAUACACAUUCUAUAAAUUUUAUUUAUCUUUGUUUUGUCAGACAUGUUUAAAAAUCGAGUUUCAAUUUUACACUUUUUAAAUAUAGCUACCGUUAAAACCUCGCGUUUUUUGAACGGUGCUAUAGUAACGGUACUAACACUCAGAUUAAUUUUUUUUAUGGUACUUAUAAAACGACGUUCUCCAACACAGACCGAAUUAUUUUCAGUACUACUUUAAGACAAGUUUCUACCAUUUGUUGAACUUUAUGUUACCUUUGCUUAUUUUGCAAAGUAUUGUCUGUGUUGAUCUUCUAAACAUUCCAAUCAACAUUAUUAGCCAAUCACACUUCUACCUUUGAGCUUGUCGAUUCGCUAAUGACUGUUGAGAUUAACCUCGUUUUAUCGUACCAUAACCGAGAUCUAUUGAUAAUCUCAGCCUUCCUAUGCCUUACCACACUACAAAUAACUUUACAGAUUAUCUGUAUCUAGCCAGGUGUGGUCCAGUGUAAUGUUUGUGUUCUGACAUCCGGAUGACAUGACAGCGGGUGGAAGUGCGCAAACAAGAGUCGAUUGUUUAUGGGCAGAGUUGAUUGAGAAAGCGCCAUUGAAUGUUUUUGUUUCUCGGCGCCCACAUAGAUAGGACAUAACGAAAUAAAUUAUAAAUUUAAAAAAAAAAAGUUAUAUUUAAGGGAGGUUGUGUCGCGAGUGGGCUCGUGUACAUAUUUGAUAUUUAUUGGAAGCCCCGAAGGCAGACUGAGUCCGGAACACUACGGAAUCGCCAGACCGUUUGACGUAUUUAAGUUCGGCAUGUUGUUUUGUUUGUCUCAAUAAUUGUUAUGAUUUAUUGUAUGGAACACUGGUGAGUCAAUAAAGCAGUGGGUCUGGA